CCCGCUCGUCCUCCCUGCAGUCGUCGCCGACGAUGGACCGCAUCGAAUCAUGGGGAAACACGAUCACCAACCUCACCAUGUACGACAUCAAGAGCAUGUACAACCAGGCCAAGAACGUCGUGCUUAAUGUCAGCGAGAUGGAGGCCAAGGUGCGCGAGGCGACCAACGACGAUCCAUGGGGAGCGAGCUCGACGCUGAUGACCGAGAUCGCACAAGGGACAUUCAACUUUCAAAACUUCAACGAGAUCAUGCCGUGCAUAUACGCGCAGUUCAUGGAGAAAGAAGCGCGUCAGUGGCGGCAUAUAUACAAGGCGCUCCAACUGCUCGAGUACCUCGUCAAGCACGGCAGCGAGCGCGUCGUCGACGACGCCCGCUCGCACAUCUCAACUAUCAAGAUGCUCCGCAACUUCCACUACAUCGACGACAAGGGCAAAGACCAAGGCAUAAACGUCCGUAACCGCUCGCGCGAGCUCGCCGAGCUCCUCUCCGACGUCGAGAAGAUCCGCGUCGAGCGGCGCAAGGCCAAGGCCAACAAGAGCAAAUACAUCGGUACCGGCUCCGACGGGCUUUCCUUCGCCUCCGGCGGCUCGCGCUACGGCGGCUUCGGCAGCGACUCGCUGGGCGGCGGCGGUGGCGGGAGCUACGGCGGCAGCGCGAGCGGGUUCGAGCGAGAUUACAGCGGCGGAAGCAGCGGCGGCGCGGGCGGGAGCAGCGGGUUCCGCGACGACACCGCGCGGCGCGGGUACGAGGAGUACGACGCGGGCGAAUACGAGUCGGGCCCGCGGCGCUCCAACUCGCUCACCGUGCCCGCCGUGCAGUCCCAGGCGCGCGCGCAAUCCCAGUCUCAGGCGCGUGGGGCGCCGACGCGCUCGGCGACGCAGCCACCGGUGCCGGUGCAGAAGGCGCCCGAGGUGGACCUGCUUGGAUUCGCGGACGACGAGCCGGCGGCAUCUGUGACGGCGACCGCGGCAGGGACGACGGGGUUCUCGAUGGCGGGGAGCACGGAGAAGGCGCUCCCCGCGCUCGCGACCCUGAGCCUCGCGGAUGACGACGACUUUGCCGACUUCCAGGCGGCCCCGCCGUCCGCGACUGCCGCGGCGCCCCCGAUGCCGAGCGGCAAACCGAGCCUGAUGGACAUGCUGGCCUCCGCGCCCGCGCCCGCGCCGGUUGCCGCGACCGGCACGCCCACGUACGCCGCGCGGCAGCCGCUGUACACCUCUCCCGCCACCACAGGCGCGCCCACUGGCAUGGGCAUGAACAGCGGCAUGGGCAUGGGCGUGGGCAUGCAGCCCACCCCAGCGACGUACGGCGGCGGCCGCCCGCUCUCCUUCGCGCAGCCCGUGCUGAGCCCGACGUCGUCUUCUACGGCACCGCCCUCGCUUGCGACGUCACCGACCGUCGGGGCGAAGAAGCCUGCGGGCGCGGGCGCGGGGAACUUUGACGAUCUGUGGACGAUGGGGAUGUCGCUCGGCUCGGGAUCGAAGCCCGGGACGCCGGUGGGCGGGAAGCGGACGAGCAUGGGCUUGGGCAUGGGGGUCGGCGCGGCAGCGCCUGCCAAGUCGAUGAAGGACCUGGAGCGGGAGAAGGCGCAGGCGGGGAUAUGGGGCGUCGGUGCGCAGAAGGCGCCGCAGGCACAACAGCAGCAGCAGGCGGGCGCGGGUGCGUUUGGGUCGUUUGGGCCGGCGGCUGGUGGGGCGGGCGGGGCGGACGACUUGUUGCUUUGA